AUGUCGACAUUUGUAACCGAUUGGCCAGAGGCUGUUGCGUUCUUCACAAACUCGGACAGCCCUAUCACCGCCGAGACCUUUUUCUGCAUCUCCGACACCCAAGUCAUCGAGCUCAUUGGGGAGGGCUUCUCUGGGGAGCUAGCCCGCCUCACGAGAGCCUACUCGAUCCGAGACCAGGCUUUCACAGUACCUACUACGCCAUCGCCUUCGAGGAUACUAUACCGAGCAGAAUACGACGAGGUGAAUCGAACGAUAGUCGCCGUGCUUGCCCUUCGUUGGAUAUACAACAAUGAUUACGCCAGUUUUGUGGGAGCUCAACCAGAGGCCAUUCGGCUAACGAGAGCUUCGUUUGACUGGGUUCGGGGCCGUCUCGCAGACGCCCUGUCAGAACCAACGGAUCUCCACACACUCAUCACGCUAGUGCUUAUCAACGACCUUGGCAAGGAUGCGCAGCUGGCCACUGACUACCUCAGCCGCACAGGCAAGGACAUCUCGACCCUGAACCACGACGCCAUCCUGCUUCGGGCAGCCGAGGCGGGGAUGGUGCCCUGCCUGGAGAACAUAUCCUCACAACAGCGCAAACAGAUCAUGGCUUCGCUUGAGAUGGGGUCCGAGUUUAACUUUGGCCAGUUUGCCCAGGCAGAAGAUGCGCCAGCGUGCAUAGCCAGAUUGCAGCAGGCUGAGACCGACAAGCACGUAUUCGACUUGCACUUUGCAGAGCAAUUGCUCGAUGUCUCGGGAGCUGCGGGGCACAUGGAUUGGACAUGCGCGAAGAAGCUCAUUGAACCCAUCCUAGACGCCUACCGCAACGUCUACGGCGUGGCGCUGCAAGUGCUGGCAGGCCAGCUCGAGCCCCAGGCUGCCCGGGAUGUCAUCCUCGCGCGUCGCGCGCGAAAGCUCCAGGCCAAGGGAUUCCGGCGAUUGAGUAUAGAGGAACCCAGCGAGCGGGCACUGAUGAGGUUACUGUGUCUAGGCGGCGUUGUUGACCUGGAGACGGCUAAGCUGUAUGGCGAAGUCUGGGACAGCUUCGUUUCCCAGAGAUAUGGAGCAGGGAGCCUUAUUCAUGCACUCAACCUUGGUGGCUCAGAGGCAGAGCCGGCAGUGCAACCAACCUACAUGCCAGCGUUGCUUGCCCAGGCGCUGGCAGGGGAGGGGCCUGGUGGUGGGCGGCCCAAGACCAGGGUUGAGCGGCGGAUGGCAUUGGAGAGCGCGAUGCGGUAUCUGGACCGCGUAAUGAGUGUGGACCCCGGGGGCUUGACAGGCCUCAGUGGCAAAGCAAUAGUAGUGGAGCGGAAUGUGGUAGACGUGGUCAAGGGUGUAAUGCAGAGCCGCCAGUUCCGGGAUGACCCCUCGGUGUUAGAUACGGUAGAUGUGCCUGACGCUGUGGUUGUGCUGUAA